AUGUCAACUUCACUUGCAGGCGCGCAACCCACACCACUCCAGCCCUCAUGUGAGCAAGCACAGUCAAGUUCAAGGCCGUUACGUGACGGUGGAGGAAGUGGAGACACAGAGGAGAGAGAGCGAGAGCGAGAGAGAGAGAGAGAGAGAGAGAGAGAGAGAGAGAGAGAGAGAGAGAGAGGUACACAAAACGCUUUGUGUUAA